AUUGCAUGCAUGCAUGUGGCGUGCAGGACAUACUGUUUAGCAGGGAACUCGGGGAACUAAUUAAAACAAAACAGACUGGAAUACAAACAUGGAAAUAGAGUUUAACACUUGUGUCACCUGGAAAGUCAAACCGAGUAAUGCACUGUUCUUUGAAUUUGUGAGCCCGCAAAUUCAAUAGUAUAGGCCCAAGGGGAGCUGAGAGCAGGCAAAUUCAAAAAUAUAGUAUUGUGAGCUUGGUACUGGUGGGAUGGCAAAUGUGGUAUAUAAGUUAAAUAUUUAUACUGCAGAUCGGAUGAGUGCAAAUUGAAUUACACAGUGUUUGGUUUUUGAGAGGUAGAAAUAUCAAGUGCUAUUCUGUCUCUGAUGAAGUGAUGCAUAGGGUAUCCUGCCCCAUUAAAUGCUGCUAAACUGCCCCGCUCCUCCCCUUUCUCGGUAGAUGGGGGUGACAUUGUGGAAUGGCUUCCCCGAGGUUCCAGUCGUUUUGCUGUUUCCAAGACGCCGCCUCUGCCGGACUCGUGAGCUUGAACACGGCUGCCUAUCAUCGGCUCAGCGUGGCCUGCGCGUUCCUGUCGCUGAUCGGGGUGGGGGUUCACAACCUGCCCAGACUGUGGAGCGAGUACCGGCGACGGCGGCUGAAGCGAGCCGACCCCCCGCGCCCCGGGAGUCAGGACCGGGUAGCCUUCAUCAUCACAGCCUGUAACUUUGUCGGCUGCGCCGGAAUCCUGGUGCGGUCCGCCGUGUGGCUCUCCUUUAUCCAGCAGGCACUGCCCAGGGAGCAGACCGUGUGGCUCGGGAGUUUCUGCGUCCUCAGCUCGCUGUGGAUCCAGUUCUUCCUGCAGGGCGCUCAGGUCUGGUGGACGCUGUUUUAUGCCAUCGAGGUGUAUCGGCAGGUACAGGAACCCACGACGCCGCGUUCGAUGAUUCUUUAUCACGUGCUGUCCUGGGGACUGUCCGCCAUCAUCUGUGUUCCUGGGUUGUCUCUCCUGUUCCAGACUCCAGUCUCCAGCUGCGAGAGGAAUCUGAAGUAUGCAAUCCCUCACUACCUGGCCACAUACCUGCCUCUCCUCCUCGUGCUGCUGGCCAACCCACCCCUUCUGUCCAGGACCCUGGCUUCAGUGUCGACUCUCCUGAAGCAGCAGAGCGGCUCCUACACUGCCAGCGAGAGGCUCCAGAUGAAAAACAUCAGGCAACGCUUCCUGAAGAUCAUGGUCGCCUUUACUGUGUGCUGGCUGCCUAACGUCCUCAGCGAGGCACUGCUGCUCCUAAUUGACACGGACCUUGCCUGGAGCUCCGCCCCCUCACAGGCCCUGCGAUCAGCAGCCCUCACCACCUGGGUGCUCACGGCUGUUCUGAACCCCAUGUACGCCUUCCUCCAGUCCCUUGCUUUCCACAAGUGGACAGGCUGCGGUCUCGAUGUUUGCACGUGGGGGCUCUAUUGCAAGGUGGAGCAGUGCUGCUGCAGGGGAAAGGGGGAGGAGGAAGAGGGCGAGACAGAGAGCGAGUCUGAGGUUCCCAUGGAAAACAUCCUCAAACCCCAGAGCAUGGUCGGACACUGGGAUUCUCUCAAUCGACAGGUCCAGCAGCCUGCCUCUCAGUCAGGCUGCAGCAGCUCAGACGUGGAGGGCAAGGCGCUCUGGCUGGUCACGGCUUGCUGCUCCAAGAGCGCCCUGCUGGCAGCCGAACUGCAGCUGAGUGCACAGAGGACCCGAGCCUUGACUGGACUAAAGGCUUAGACAUGCUGGACAGGAAUAUAUAUCCUCAUAAAACUUCAUUUAUUAUGUACUGUAAUCCAUAUUGUUUCUCCUACUUGAAGAGUGAUAUGAAAUCUGCACUACUUUUGUCCCAGCAGCAAGGAAAAUGCAAGAUCUUAAUUGGGAGCUGCUUCUUUGUAGUGCUGGAUCGCUAACACCACAAAUUCUUGAGAUAAUGUUUAGGAAACCUUAAAAACCGAAUCUUUAUCUUGUAAAUGUUUUCUGUAUUUCAAUGAAUGAAUUGUUAGUCCUAACAGAAUAAAUACAAAAGCAUUCUUCAGUGCCCUCUGCUGGAGUUAAACCCUAA